UCGCCGCUUUGAGAAAUUGCCGCAGGAGUGAUCGCUGUUUUGUAUAGAGCUGACGAAACUGACAGGGUCAAUUCUUCGUUGCCGACGGAGCUAAAUCAGUCCGAGAUAUCCUGGCACCGGUGGACGAACCUUUUAGAGAGGAGAUGCUACCGUAUGCGGAGGCACAAGAAAUAGGGGUCCAUACAUUGUGGCAGCUUCAAGCAAAAAGAACGAAACUGUGCAAGGAUUACCUCGAUCGAUGGAGCGAAGCAGGUCUCGACGGCAUUUUGUGCCCAACAACCCCUUUCGCUAGUGUAGAACACGGCAAAUUCAAACACGUAGGCUAUACGGGCGUGUUCAACAUUCUGGACUAUUCAGCCACUUCGUUCCCGAGUGGAACCUAUGCCGACAGCGAGCUAGACAAGGCGGGAUCAGGCGCGAAGCCACUGUCGCAGACAGAUGCACAGAUCCAGGCAGAAUACAAUGCGGAAGCGGUCCACGGAAUGCCGGUGAGUCUGCAGCUCGUUGCUGGCAGACUCGAGGAAGAGAAAGUCGUGGCAAUGACGCGUGUGGUUUUGGAGGGCCUUGGUGUCGCGGUAUGACGCGUUUCGAGAGUGGAUGAUCACACGCGACGUAGAUGGGUAGGUGUGAGAUAGCCGCUCCACCAUCUUUGCGCUCCCAAGUGUAGAGCAUACAUGAGUAUACUGUGCCUAGUGCUUCAGUGUCUUGACAUAAAGUGACUGCGACAUAGUAAAAGGAGAAGCGUCAAUCUAAGUAGCAAUCAAAGUUUGAGACAAGUGAUUAGGGACAGGGU